CGUCAGUCCAAACGUAAGGCAAGGGCUCAAAAAAUGAGGGGCAUUCUCAUUUCUUCUGUUGAGCUGUGCACACCACACAAUUUUAAAAUUGCAAGAGUGUUGCCCUUGUACCGGUACCUACCGAAGUAGUACAAGCGCAGCCACACAGUCCUUUUUGGCAGUCCACCCCUUUGGUUUGUCCAUUCAUUUAUCUACCAGCUAGCUAGCUAGCUAUCUAUCAAGAGAUAGUAACCAUGAUUAUUUCCACAAGAGCCUUGGGACACCUGCUCUCCCGACGAGCAGCAGCAGCACCCACUCGAGUUACUCCAGUCUUGACAGCACGUGCAUUCGCUGACUAUAAUGUACAUGUCGAACAUGGACGAGGAGAAUGGAAAACAUAUGGAGAUAUUGAUCAAUACAAACCAGGAAUGUACCAAAUCAAGUGUUUCAACAAAAUUUCACCCAUUGGAUUGGCGCAAUUUCCAUCGGACCAAUAUGACAUUCGAACGGAUGCCCAAGAAGGCAAUAAUGCACACGCUAUUCUUCUCCGUUCACACAAACUACAAGAGGAAGAUGUCCCACGGACUGUCCGGGCCAUUGCGCGGUGUGGCGCAGGAACCAACAACAUCCCCGUGGCUCGCAUGACAGAACUGGGAAUUCCAGUAUUUAAUACUCCAGGAGCCAAUGCCAAUGCUGUCAAAGAAUUGGUCCUAUGUGGAAUGCUGCUGGGAAGUCGCAGAGUCAUUGAUGGAAUCAACCACAUGAAAGACUUGGGACAGCAAGGAUUGGCAAGAGAGCGUGUUGAAAAGGAUAAAGCCAUGUUUGGAGGACAAGAACUCAAGGGUAAAACUCUUGCUGUUAUUGGACUUGGACACAUUGGUUCCCAAACUGCCCGUGAUGCCCGUGCUUUGGGCAUGACACUGAAGGGAUAUGACCCUGGUCUUUCUGUGCAAUCUGCUCUCCGAUUGCCAAGGGCGCUGGAGCUCAUGGACUCCAUCACGGCUGCAGUUUCAGAUGCAGAUUACAUCUCACUCAACAUUCCCUAUAUCAAGGGAGAAGGUGGCACACAUGGAGUCAUUGGGGCAGAUGUCAUCAGUCAUUUCAAACCAAAUGCUGUGCUCUUGAACUUUGCUCGUGGUGAAUUGGUGGACUCAGAAGCCAUGAAGGAAUUCCUGGAUGCUGGUGAUGGUAGAUAUGUUACGGACUUUCCAGAUGAUCUUGUCUGGGACCACAAGAAUGCUGUUGUCCUGCCUCACCUGGGUGCUUCCACUGAAGAAGCAGAAGAUGCCGCUGCUGCCAUGGCAGCUGAUACUAUCCGUGACUAUCUGGAAUCUGGCACCAUCAGUAACAGUGUCAAUUUCCCUUCCACUAGCCUCCCAGAUCGCCCAGAGCACACUGUCCGAUUUACUGUUGUCAACAAAAAUGUUCCUGGUGUCCUUGCUCACAUUACAGAGACGUUUGGUGAUGCAGACUUGAAUAUCAUUCAGCAGGUGAACCAUUCCAGAGGAGAGAUUGCCUACAAUGUUUUGGAUAUUGCUACAAUGGGCCAUGAGGAGGUUCUGUCAUUCAAGAAUGUACAAGAAAAGAUCACCAUGCUUGAAGGAGUUCUCAGCAGCCGUGUCAUGUAUGGUGCACCUGGAACGGGGUAUGCCAAGAAUCUAGAUGGAGAGUACUUUGUAUAGAAUCGUGUUCACUAUUGAAUUGAUAGUAUUUGCAUUAUUCAGCUAGCUCCUGUCAAACACAAGUGCUUCUGAGGUCAACCUGCCAUUUUAUUAAGAUGCCAGUAUGCAUCAAGCCUGA